CCCAGGCAGGAGGAGGGCAGAGAUGGAGGGAGCUUUGACAGCUCACCAGGCAAUACAGGAAGAAGAUACUGGCUUCAUCAGUGAGUUAUUGGAAGAUGUGGAGGAAAAACUCAGUCCAGUUGUAGAAGAAAAUAGUGUAGCACCAGUUAAAAAACAGGGGCCUAAUUUACACAAUUGGAGCACUGACUGGAGCUUUUGGAUUUCAAGUUCCACCUACAAAUAUAGAAAUGAAGAAUUCAAAAGACAGUUCUCCCAUCUUCCUGAAUCAGAGAGGCUAGUAGUUGAUUAUGCCUGUGCUCUUCAGAAGGACAUUCUGCUUCAGGGACGCCUGUACCUUUCAGAAAACUGGCUCUGUUUCCAUAGCAACAUCUUUAGAUGGGAAACCACAAUUUCCAUUGCUUUGAAGGACAUAACCUUUAUGACCAAGGAGAAGACUGCUCGGCUUAUUCCAAAUGCCAUUCAGAUCAUUACAGAGAGUGAAAAGUUUUUCUUUACAUCCUUUGGUGCCAGAGAUAGAAGUUACCUCAGUAUCUUUAGAUUGUGGCAGAACGUAUUACUAGACAAGAGCUUGACCAAACAGGAAUUCUGGCAGUUGGUCCAGCAGAGCUAUGGCACUGAGCUUGGUCUGAAUGCUGAAGAGAUGGAAAACUUGUCUUUGUCACUUGAGGAUAAUGAGCAGCUAAGAAGUCCAGGAAGAAGCAGCUUGGAUGAAUCUGGAGAAAGAGAUGAAAAAGUAUCAAGAUCCAUCAGUUUUAGUCGUGAACCCGUUAGCAGGGUUCCAGAGACAGAGUCACUUAAUGGAAGUACACCCAAAAUGCAUGACAGAGUUGAUAGAGAGCUGGCCUUGAAAUCAGGAAGAUCGAUGAUACCUGCUGACUCUGGAACCUCCGUCAACAAGGGAUUACAGAAAGAAGAUUCCCAAAGUUCCAAAGCAGACAGGAAGAGCCCUUUACUGAUUCCAGAAAGGAAACUAAAUAAGUCUCCACCCAAGGCCCUGGACCUGAACAAGAAUGAAUACCUUUCUCUAGAUAAAAGCAGCACUUCAGAUUCUGUUGAUGAAGGUGAAGAAAAUAUUUCCGAGAGAGACCUUAAUGGAAGACUUUUUAUAAAUUGUGUUUUUCAUAUCAGUGCUGAUAGAAUGUUUGAAUUGCUUUUCACCAGUUCACGCUUCAUGCAGAGAUUCACCAAUUCCAGGAAUAUAAUAGAUGUGGUUUCUACCCCUUGGAAUGUUGAAACUGGUGGUGAUCAACUAAGAACUAUGACAUACACUAUAGUUCUCAACAAUCCACUUACUGGAAAGUACACUUCAGCCACUGAAAAGCAGACACUAUAUAAAGAAAGUCAAGAAGCACGAUUUUACUUGGUAGAUUCAGAAGUUCUGACCCAUGAUGUUCCCUACCAUGAUUACUUCUACACUUUGAACAGAUACUGUAUCACUCGUUCUUCAAAACAGAAAUGCAGGCUACGAGUUUCUUCAGAGUUGAAAUAUAGAAAACAACCAUGGAGCCUCAUAAAGUCUUUAAUUGAAAAGAACUCUUGGAGCUCAUUGGAAGACUAUUUCAAGCAACUUGAAUCAGAUCUGUUAAUGGAGGAAUCUUUGCUAAAGCAGUCUGUUGAAGAUCCUGGAAAACCCAGUGGCUUACGGAGGAGAAGACGAACAUGUAAUCGAAAUAUGGCAGAAAUGCUUCCUAAACACUCUACUCCACGCCCCUCAGGGACCAUAGGCCUGGACUCCAAGGGAGACAUUAAAGGAAGGAAAAGAGAAACUGAAAGCCGUAAUAUUGCCAUUAUUGUGGUGAUGAGUGUCUUUUUGCUGUUGUUAGUCUUGCUGAAUGUGACCCUCUUCCUCAAGCUGUCAAAGAUAGAGCAUGCAGCUCAGUCAUUUUACCAUCUCCAUGUCCAGGAAGAAAAAUCUGGGAAUUCAGCCUCUGACGUGGUAUCAAAAGGAGAAAAUACUCCAAAGAACAAAGAUCAGUCUCAUCGACUGAAGGGAGUUCUCAGAGACUCCAUAACCAUGCUCGAACAGCUGAAGAGCUCCCUCAUUAUGCUCCAGAGGACCUUUGAUCUCCUGAAUAAGAACAAGACCGAUGUUGCUGUUAAGAGCUAGCAAUCUCAGGGUCUAAAAACUCCCAUGAACUGAGACAAUGAAUGAAGAGAUUUGGAAGUAACCCAAAGAAGAAGGAUUUCACUUGUCACAGCAACAUCUGCAUUAGGUUUUUUUUUCCUCCAUUGAUUUCUUGUAUUUCCAGUAAAAAAGGAUAUUUUAAGUAUUUAUUUAAUAAUUAUGGUUACCUAUGACGUUGAGAAUAUAUCCUUUUGUUUCUUGCACAUAUUUCUAAGCUGUGAAUUUCUAGGAUGAACACGUGGGACUACUGUACUACUGAAUUUCUGUGAUUUAUAUAAAUAAUGCAAAGCACUUUAAAUUGUGGCCCAUUACUUUCUCGAGUGAAGGUUGAGUUUUUAGGUUAAAUUCAAAUGUCAUCACCGAUUGAAAAGCUAAUGCCAAGUAAUGUGUUUUUCCAUCAGAGAUGUUACCUGUCUCGUGAAUACAACAUCAGGAAAAACCUCUUCAUUCUUUGUGUUAAAGGAAAAGUAUAGAUCCUUUCAUGAGUCAUUUCUAAGUCGAUUUACUAUAAACAUUUUUUAUAAUUCUUCCAUCAUUCAGUGUGGAAGUUCAAUAGUUAAAUCCUUUUGGGUUUGAGCCUGAGUGGUAAUUUUUCUAAAGAUCUGGUCAAUUAAUCUGAUGUGGCUAGUAACUCUAUAAAGAAAUAUUUGCUUUUUAUAAAAAUGACUGUCAGAGGUGACAAGACCAUGGCUCUUUAUGUGAAUAAUGGCAGAACAGUCUUUCAGGCAGACUGAGUAGGAAAGUAGAUUAACAAAAAAGAAAAUGAAGAUUCCUGUUUCAAGUCUUAAAAACUAGAAGAUUCUGCUGUUAAAAUCUAGGCAUUUACUGAUGGAUAAGGAAGACUUGAACUAAGAGCUUAGCUUUAUUUUAGCAGCUCUCCCCAACUGUUACUAUUUUCAGGCAUUGCUUUUCAGUGACCAUAUAGGUCAUAAUCCUUUUUAUGUACAUAGGUGUUUUGUUUUUCAGGUAAGAUAUAAGCUAGACAAAUCUUGGCUUCUUCAUUUAGACCUUCUGUCUCAAUGUUUGUACCCAUUCUUAUACAAGUGUGCUAUCCUUGUGAACAGAAGAAAAACCAAGAGUUUCUUCAGGAGUUAGCAUGUUGAAAUAGAAAGCUCUGGGGGAAGAAGAGCUCUGGGUUUUUUACCCUGGAAUGCUAGAAAAAAAAAUUGGAUGAGAAUUUUCUUUCAUAAAUUCUUAUUCCAGUUGACAAGCUGUAGGUUUGAGUUAAACCUUUCCUGAUUUUUCCAGUCAUAGAAACCCCAUGGGAUUAUUACAGCCUUUCCUUAAGAGGCCAGUAAAGAAUAGAAAUACUGACUGUAGGGAGAACUGUGGUUGUAGUAUGUGGAUUCUGACUUCCAUCUCUACAAGCAGUGUCUGAGUGCCUGUAGUGAGGAGUUCCUGUGGGGCUAGGGGUAAGGCUAUAAACAGUAGUUACUGAAUUUUAAAAUGAGAACUCAAUGUCUGGUGAUGUUUGUUAUGGGCACAAGAAGGAUAAAUAACAAACUAAAUAUUUUCUAUGGUGCUUCUUAAGCCAUAGAGAUUAUCCUUACAAUAUACCUCAAACCAAAUGAUCAAACUACUUUCCUUUAUAAAUUCAGACUAAAUGUUUAUGUACGAGUUAUGAGAUUUCGAAAAAAAUUUGAACUUGUCAUGUAAAUUGAGUGUCAAUAAAACACUUAAAAGUCUUGAA